UCCCGCGGAUUGUUGCACGGCGGUUGUUUCGGCGCCAGCUUGCACGUAGAACUUGGGACGGUUUUGUGUUCAAAGAAAUCAUAAUGGCCCGCUACCUUCGGCCUCCUAAUACCUCACUUUUUAUUCGGAAUGUUUCUGAUGAAUCAAGGUGGCUGUUACAUCUGCAAAAGACAUGAUUUCACUAUGUGUGUGAUUUUUUUCAAGGAUUCACAAGUAAAGCAACACAAAUUCUGUCUCCUAAUUUAAGUUUCUUCUGUUGUUGCCCCAGACUAUAUAAAGCGAUACAGUUCUGGAGACCCCACAGAGAAAUUAAAGAGCCUUUUAGAGUAGAUUCCAAGAAUUAACACAAGCAGACAAGCCAAAGACCUCUUAAGGAUCAGGCCUCAAGAAAAGAGAAAGGGAAAGUUUGAAAAUAAAGAGAAUUUAAAGCUUGAAGAGACAAAGAGGAAAAUGAAACCAAAAUGGGAGCCAAGGCUUCAAAUUGUCUGCAAAAGAGAAAAAAAGAUUAUCAGUCAAGCCACAAACCAAGUUCUUCUGGAAAGCGUUUUAAAGAGUUAAAGGUCAAGAUGAAGUUGAAAGUCAAGCAUGUUUAAGGUAACAAGCCUAAUUUUCAUAUUUGAAGAUGUUCGGGAUGCAGAAGAUGCACUUCAUAACUUGGACAGGAAGUGGGUCUGUGGUCGUCAAAUUGAGAUCCAGUUUGCACAAGGUGAUAGAAAGACUCCUGGUCAAAUGAAGUCAAAAGAAAGACGAUCACCUCGUAAUUUUACUCGCUACAAUGACUACGACAGAGAUAAUAGACGCAGAAGGUCUCGUAGUAGAAGCUAUGAACGGAGACGGUCAAGGAGCCACUCUUUAGAAAGGCGACCAAGGAGGUCUGACAAUUUCAGAAGAUCACGCAGUAGGUCCUAUGGGAAGCGCAGGCGAAGCAGGAGUCAUGAAAAUGAAAGGUACAGGCGUCGCAAUCCAUCAUUCAGCAAAUCAAAGUCUAGGUCUAAAUCUAAUUCUCGAUCUAGAUCAAAACCCAACAAGGAUUCCAAAGCCAGGUCAAGGUCCAAGUCUGUGUCACCACCUAUGGAGGAUUUCCGUGUAUCAUCAAAAUCACGAUCACGGUCUAAAUCUCUCAAAGGUUCCAGAAUGCGGUCUCCAUCAGGAUCACGGUCGAGAUCUCAGUCAAGAUCUCGUUCCAGGUCAAGGUCAUGGGCUGGGCGUAAAUCGGGUGGUCAUUAGCUAUGUCUUCUGUGUAUUGUCAGGUGCAUGAGUGUUUUUGUUUUUCAUUUUCCAUGAAACAGCCUUGAGGUGGGGCAUUUAAAUGUUUGUGAUUUUAUUUCCUUUUUUUUUUUUUUUAAUCAAUGUUAAAUUCUUGCCAUAUGCUGGUGAAGUAUUAAACUAACAUUUAUAUUUUGAGACUUCUCUUGUGCUUUGUCUUCAGAUAUCCAGUACCAAUGUAAAAUAGUACGUUUACAAACAAGGUUCAGUAUUUUGGGUUUGUUAAAUUUAUAUUAUCCUUGUCUUGUAGCUUGAGUAUCAGUCCUAUUUGCUUUGCUGUUAAUCACCUGAGCAAUUUUGUGCGUUUUUUAAUUCCUCAUAAAAACUAUAAACAGGUGUCUUCCAGUGAAAUAUACAGACAACAUUUGUGGUCACAAGUUUAUGAAUUUUUUUUUUCCUCUUUUUUUACUUUGAUAUUUUGUAAAUAGAUCUGGAGUGGUGGUACAUUGUUUUCUUUAUUUUAAUAAAUUUGUAUGCUUUUCUUUAAAUAAAACGUGUAGCAGACAGUUACUACUUUCUCCUUUGUAAACUUGCACAGCAGAGGUCACUAAGGAAAUUAUGUAUUUUUAAAAAUGUAAAAAGUUUUGAUAACUUGCAUUAAAUGGAAAGCAUGCCACCCUUUUAAAACUAAUAACAAACGGUUGGUAAUGCAUUCUGUUAAAGUGUAUAUAUAUAUAUAUAUAUAACUGGUACGUUUUUAUUUUUACACUCUUAGUAACCGAUUCCUUGCUGUGAGUUCAAGUGUGUUGUGUUUUUUGUGUCUUGAUGUGCAAGUGCUUCACAUUGGUAGGUUCUGUGUCAGUGCAGUCUUUCAUUAGAAAGGCAUUUUUCAAAUGGGCACGGUCUUCAUUGAAAGACUCAAGUAUCUUAAGUAGUUAACUUGCCCAGUUGUACCUAUUUUGAGAAAGUUUCAUAUAA